AUGCUGGAUGACAGCAUCUUUUCGCAAUAUGUGGGUAACUUCUACCGUCUAACUGUACAAGUGAUAUGGCUCCUGGGUGCCCAGAGCUUAUACUCAAAUGUCUUAUUGCAUUUGGCCGAAGCAGAGCCGUUGCGAAUAGAUGCGUCGGAGGACGGGUCGGGAAUGACAUUUCAUGGCUACCAACGGGUCGAUUCGGACCCUACGAUCAGCGAUAACCCUCGUGCUGAUCUAAUCACUUGUAACGAUGAUUUCGCUUCAACGUACCACGCUGGCUUAGAUCUCGACGAAAGCAGUUUUGAUGAAAUCGAGAGACGAGAGUUGGAAGACCGUCUCGGCGAUAUCCCGGAAACGUUUCAUCGGAGACAACGACGUGAAGCGCUGUUCGGAUCGUCAGUGGCUCGGGGUGGCUAUUCCGAAGCCUACGAAAGCAGUCAGUUGUUGCAUUCCUGUCACGAGAAGAGUGGCCAUGAUGACACCGAUCAAAGCGACGACUCUAAGGAAGAGGAAGAAGAAGAGGAGGAGCGUGGAGGAGUGAAAAAGUAUGCAAAAUUGAUCCUCCCACACGUUGCGCUGGUCCUGCUCACUUGUGCUUACACCGUCCUCGGAGCAUCGAUCUUCUACACAGUCGAACGACCACACGAAAUGGAGACGAAACAACAUCAGCUAAAAAUGAUCUACUCACGACAGGACGAAUUCGUCAACAAUCUGAUUCGGCUGGCUUCAGUGAAUACCACAGGAAGGCUCGAUUGGGAACUCAUUGCUCAACAGCAUCUCCACAACAUGUCGGAUCAGCUAUUUGUUGCCUUCGAGAAAUAUUUUCUUACCAGCAAUGAGGUGAAGAAGAACACGACAGCGGAGAUUUGGUCUUUUUCAACAGCUGUAUUCUUUGCUGUUACAGUUGUGACGACCAUUGGUUACGGUAAUCCAGUACCAAUCACUAAUGUGGGUCGAGUAGUAUGUAUUAUGUUCUCGUUAUUUGGAAUUCCUCUCACGUUGGUCACCAUUGCAGAUUUGGGCAAAUUCCUUUCCGAGCAUUUGGUUUGGAUGUAUGGAAACUAUCUGAAGUUGAAACAUUUUCUGUGCUUGAAAAGGGGAAAUCGAAAAGAGCGGCGAGAACAUGUCUGCGAGCAUUGUCAAAGGCAUGGAAUAGGCCAUGAUAUGCAUGUCAUAGAGGAGCAAAGGAUACCUGCUCUUCUAGUUUUGGCAAUCCUUGUAUUAUACACGGCACUUGGCGGCGUUCUCAUGUCGAAAAUAGAGCCGUGGACAUUUUUCACUUCAUUUUAUUGGUCAUUUAUUACAAUGACUACUGUCGGGUUUGGUGAUUUGAUGCCACGUCGUGACGAGUAUAUGUAUAUCAUUUUAUUAUAUAUUAUUUUAGGGCUUGCCAUUACUACAAUGUGUAUCGACUUGGUUGGAGUUCAGUAUAUUCGUAAAAUUCACUAUUUCGGAAGGAAAAUACAGGAUGCUCGAUCUGCUUUGGCUGUUGUUGGUGGAAAGGUGGUUCUGGUAUCCGAAUUAUACGCGAAUCUAAUGCAAAAAAGAGCACGAAAUCUCUCAAAGGAGGCUUUCAUCAUAGAGAAUCUGUACAUAUCAAAGCACAUAAUCCCUUAUAUCCCUAGUGAUAUACGUCUGAUAAGGUAUAUCGACCAGCAUGCUGAUAGUUCUGUAUCGACAUCUUCAUCAUCGCUGGAUUUGCAAAGUUGUAGAUUCUGUCAUUCUCGAUUCAGUUUCAACUUGCAACAAAAUCGACCUCUGGGAGAGCACUAG